AUGGUUGAGGUUGGAUCAAACUUUUUCCAGUUCAAGUUCAAGACGGAGUUUGAGAUGGAGAGGAUUAUUAAAAGCGGUCCGUGGUCUUUUGAUAACCAAGUGCUCAUGGUGAAGCGGUGGAAACAGGGGAUGACGGCGGGGAACGUUCAGUUUGACUUAGUAGCGUUAUGGGUUCAGAUUUGGGGGGCACCUUUUGAUAUGGCCUCCCCAACAGUUGUAGCGGAGAUAGGAAGUCGGUUAGGGAGAGUGAAGGAGGUUGAGAAGCGCCAAAAGUUGGAGACUCAGAACAUGUUCAUGCGGGUUAACGUGGCUAUCCCGAUAUCAAAACCAAUACAUAGGGGUGGAUUCAUUGCAGGGACAGAUGGGCAGCGUACAUGGGUGACGUUCAGAUACAAGCGUCUCCCUAUGUUUUGUCAUUGGUGUGGAUUAAUGGGUCACGACCUGAAGCAUUGUGCGUUGCAUUUCGCUGCAUUGAAGAAUGGAGGUUCGGUGACAUGCCAAUAUGGAGAAUGGCUGAAGUCUAUCGGCGGCCGGCCUCGGUCACCUUCAAGGAAGGAUACUACUCAUAAAAACACGACCUAA